AUGGAGUCACGCCUUUCAUCUUCCACCUCCAUCCUUGGAAACCACUCGGAUCUUCUGGCCUUACUUGCCUUCAAAGAUGGAAUAACUCAAGACCCACUUCACAUCAUGAAAUCCUGGAACCACACUCUCCAUUUCUGUAAGUGGACCGGAGUCAUAUGCAACCCUGCAAACCAAAGAGUUACUCUUCUCAACUUAGAUUCUCAAAGGUUAGUUGGAUCUUUAUCUCCUUCCAUUGGAAAUCUUACUUUCCUUUCUGCUAUCAACCUGCAAAAUAAUAGCUUCCAUGGCGAGAUUCCUCAAGAAAUCGGUCGUUUGACAUACUUACAAGAUAUCAGUAUGGGGUUCAAUUCCAUAGGAGGCAAUCUUCCUUCCAAUCUCUCUCACUGCACUAAUCUUAGAACCCUUAAUUUAUCUUACAACAACAUCUCAGGGCACAUCCCAGACCAACUUAGUUCACUCUCCAAGAUACAUUAUUUUGGCCUCGCAGUUAACUCUCUUAAGGGAAGCAUCCCACCAUGGAUAGGGAAUUUUUCAUCUCUAUUCACUCUCUCUCUUGGACGAAAUAGUUUCCAAGGAAGCAUACCUGAUGACCUAGGACGGCUAUGUCGCUUAGGAAAAUUUCAAGUUUCUGGUAAUGAUCUCUCUGGUGAAAUCCCUUCAUCCCUUUACAAUAUCUCCUCCAUUUAUUUCUUCUCUGUCUCAGUAAACCGUUUGCAGGGUAGCUUUCCAAUCGACGUAGGCCUCAAUCUCCCUAACCUUCAGAUAUUUUAUGUGGAUCUAAACAAUUUUACAGGAUCCAUUCCUAUGUCCUUGUCAAAUGCUACUGAGCUUGAGGAGAUUGAUUUCGGCGGAAACGGUAUGACUGGUCCUGUACCUAUGAAUCUAGGGAGCUUAAAGCAUUUAAUUAAACUUAGUUUUCAGAACAAUUCCCUCGGAAGUGGGCAAUCCAGUGAUCUGAACUUCCUCAUCUUCUUGAAUAAUUGUACAAAUCUCCAAGCGCUCAGUCUAGCUGGCAAUCUUCUCGGAGGUGAACUACGAGAUUCCAUAGGCAAUCUCUCGUCUCUGAUUACAGAAUUGGUUUUGGGUUCAAACCUGAUUCAUGGAAGCAUUCCUGCGGGUAUUGGUAACCUUGCCAGCCUGACACUACUUGGCAUGGAGGCGAACUUGUUCAGUGGUAGUAUCCCUGCUACCUUGGGGAAGCUUAAGAAAUUACAGAAAUUGUAUUUGAACGACAACAGAUUGUCAGGUCUAAUUCCUUCCUCACUAGGUAACUUGACCCAAUUGAUUGGAGUCUUCAUGGAGAAGAAUAACUUGGAAGGAAACAUACCUGCCAGUCUUGGAAAUUGUCAAAAUUUGCUAGAAUUGGACUUCUCUUAUAAUAAACUAAAUGGCACUAUUCCAAAAGAAGUUUAG